AUGAUAGCCGCAAGUACAGUGAACUCUGCUGCCCCCACAGGUGUGAGGCGAGCAAACGAUCCUGAAGUAUUACUUGCACCAGCAGCUCCGGCUGAAGCUAUAGCAGAUCUACCAGCAGCAGCAGCACCAGGAGCAGCGCCACCAGCAGUCGUGCCACCAGCAAGAACAGCAGCAGCACUGCCACCGCAUACAACAACAGCCUUCACACCAACAAUAAAUGCAUCAGAACGGGCAGAAGCAGCCGGACUGGAAGCAGUACCACCAGCAGCAGCGUCACUCUCAGCACCAGCAGCAUCAGCAGCGGCGCCUGCGACAGUAGCAGACGCAGAAGAAUUGCUGGGACCAUCAGCAGCAGAAGUGCCCGCAUCAGCAGGAAAUGCGUCUAGCUCAUCGGAUGCAGUUGAUAGCCCAGGAGAGUUCUUGCUCUUUUCUUUAGCAUGGUUCUUGGUAGCAGUUGCUGCGGGACUCGUUCUCCUGCGGCAGCACAGGCGGCAGCAGCGCGAAAGGUAA